AUGUUGCUGGUCGCGCCCGUCGCCGAACCCGUCUUCAGUGCGCCGUCCAUCGUGCACCCAGGCCACUGCGAAACCCCCAUUUGGCCUCCACAGCUCGCGGUGUCGACCAUCGCCUACGACUUCCAUGCUCGGCCGCCUCUGGUCGUCUCCUCCGGCGAGACACACGGCGACGACUGUACCUGGAGGUCGGAGAUCUUCUACCACACGACACAUCGCACCGGCGCCGCGAACGGUAGUCGGUCCACUCGCACCGGUCGCCGCCGAUCUCAGCCAUCUAGUCGCGCCGCUCAGCCGCCCGGUCGCACCGUGGUUGCCGCCUCGCAACGCCGCCACUGGCACAACACUGGUCUCGUCCAAACGAUCGAGGACGCUGAGCUCGUCGUGCCGCUGGUCUUGUCAGGCACACGGCGGCCGCCGGUCUAG